AUGCAUAGCAAGAACCAGAAGCGCCACAGCUCCCCCGUGCCUUCAAGGAGCCCUGUGGUCCUCAUGAAGGCCAAAGUGCCCGCAGUGGCAAGCAGUCCCGGGGAUGCCUUUCGGAUCCCCAAAGACUAUCCUCACUCGCGUUUCAGCAAAGCGCCGCUCGCCGUCUACCCUCCAAAGGGGGCUCGGAGCAAGCCACGUGUUUCUCUUCCUGUUGUGAGCUUGGAGAAGAUGCCCUGCCUCAGCCGAGCCAACUCGACCUCACAAGUCCGCUUCGCCGCCUUGUCGUCUUCCCCUUCGUCAUCCCCACUUAAACCCACUCCCUCCAGCGAAAAACUUCCAAACGGUCGAGGCAACGGCGGGCCGUCCACCCCAUGCGCUUCCGCGUCCCCUUCGUCCCUGGACGGCCGCCCCAGCCCGGCGCGCUCACCUCUCGACAAGCGGGCGUCGCCAUCGCCAUCCCCCUCACCCGCGCCUUCUCAUGUUCCCCGGCCGGCCUAUCAGCUGUUGUCAUCGUCACCUGAAAAGAAGAAUCAAAAUGGCACCAAGGCUUCUUUCAGGUCACACAACAGACUCUCAGGACGAGUAUUUGACCCAAAUAAGCACUGUGGGGUCCCGGAUCCUGAGACCAAACAGCCGUGCACACGCUCCCUCACCUGCAAGGCUCACUCCUUAACCCACCGCCGAGCCGUGCCCGGUAGGAGGAAACAUUUUGACGUCCUCUUGGCUGAGCACCGGAGCAGGAACAAGGAGACGGAGGGAGCGAAAGAGAAAGACAAGGACAGUUUCGGCAUGAGCGCCACCUCACAAGACGUCGCUGGAACCAGCAAGCCUCCCUGUUUGAAUGGACGCCCUCUGUCCACCCUGAAAUUAAAGCUGGCAAACGCACACAUACCCAGGGUUCCUGGUAUCCCCACCGCCGCGCCUCAGCCGCCACCUCCACCACCAGCUCCCAAUUCAGCCUCCAAUCCGGAGCCAUCACCUCAUCCUUGGACGACGACAUCAAGCGGAGAUGGCGAGAGGCUCUCCAGCGAUGAAGGCGAUGCGCAAACUCCCGAGGAUGCUCACAGACCUGCCUUUCACUUCUCUAACGUCCACCCGCGGCCUUCAGGGUUUUGCAUAUUCAGCAGCAGGCAGAUGGGACGAGGCUACUACGUGUUUGACAGGCGGUGGGACAGGAUGAGGUUGGCGCUCCAGAAUAUGGUGGAGAAGCACCUCAAUGCACAAAUGUGGAGAAAAGUUCCUCUUGCUGCUGAGAGCCUGCCGUCCCUCUCCUCCACCCAGAAGUCUCCGUUAUCAGACACGUGCGCUCUUUUAACCAACCCAUCCAGUUCUGUGUCCUCUGCUCACUUCUCUCCUCAUCCUUCACCUUCCAGAAAUGUACCACGAACAAUUUCCCAUCACAGCUCAUACAGGGCCAGUCACAUCACCAAAGAGAGGGAGGACUCUUUAGCUGGAACUAAGAGAAAAAACUCUUCUUGCUCCAUUCGGAACGGGACCAACAAUCAUUUGUCAUUGCAAGCACCAGGGGGGGCAGUGAGGAAAAAGGGGCGCAUUCGUGAGGGAAACGGUCUUUGGGGCUAUAACGAUCACUGGUUAUCAAAAGCGGACGGCUCUCACGGCCAUAACUCAAAUAGCAGUGAUCUUGGCAACACCGGUAUAUCCUACUCGUCCGGCAGGGAGCUAGUAGCCGCCCCCUCCUCUGGCGCCUUGAAUUAUGGGAGAAAAGUAGAGGAAAAGAAGAGGAAGAGCACUUACCAAGGGAAAACCGACAACAAGCUGAGCAGGCUGGACGCUGUGGAUGCCUUUUUUGGGAAUGACAGUGAGCCCAAAAGACAGUUUGUUUCUUCUUUGAAAUCCCGGUGUGUUGUCACCCUCGCUCGUCUCGGGACGGGGGUGGGGGAAGAAGGUGCACCUUUGCGCAGAGGCAGCCUCGCUCGCUCGGCGCCCGAGAGGCUCCUCUGGGUGCACAAAAGGCAGCGGCUCGUAGUGCAACUUCACUUGGGAGGAGUGAACCGGCCGGCCGCACAGAGCACACUCCGGAUCCGACGAAUCGGCACUCAAAAUGGCGUCAUCGCCCUCUUGUUUCUGCCCGGCCGCGGCGAGCACGCUUCCAGGGGCUCCGGGCAGCCCGCGCACGCCUCGCUAAGCCCCGCGGAGUGGCCACGCGGCCUGGGCGCAGUGUUUUAA